UAAAAGCGGUAAGUCCAAUCAGUUGGUGAGUUGCAAUAUCAAACUCAAGAAACUGAGCAUUUAGGGUUCAGUUCAGGAUGAAUUCUGCUUAUGAAGUAAUGAAGGGAAGGCCAUGGAAAGCUGUUAACUUUGAUUGGGAUUUUUCAGUCAGUAAUAAAGGACUUAAGAGAGGAAUAGCAAUUAUACAAGAGAGGAACAGUUUUAUUAGAAUGUUGGAAGAUUUAAAGUUUCAAAUUUAUCCAUUUGACCAAGAAGAUGUAAAGUUGACAAGAAAUUUAUCCAAGUCUGAAUUUUUAGAUGAACUGAAGGAAUUUAAGAGACUUUGCUGUGAUGGCUCGUGUGGAUGCCUUUUGGUGACAGUGUCCUCCCAUGGAGUCAUUCUACCGCAAGAUGAACAAAGAGACAGACAGACAAACAAUUUGGAAACCCAAGACAAACAAACAGAUAAUGUGGUAACAUACGAGGAUUACGUCUUGACACACCCAGAACCAGACAAAACCGAAUUCUCACCAAAUUUUGAAGAUGAACGCGUCUCAGUGCGGGAAAUAGUUGAAAUAUUCAGAGAUCCAGAUUUAAAAGGAAUACCAAAAAUAUUCUUUAUUCAGGCAUGUAGAGAUGACUCAAAACAAAUUACGGGAAAUUCAGGGGUAGAUGAAGGUGUGCAACUUUUUGUUGGAGAUGAAAACAGUGUGUCGGGUAUUUCAUCAGUUGAAAUUCCACGGACCCCAUCUGAGAACCAAAUUGUAUACUCACCUCCCUGCAUUGAUGAUAGUGUCAUAGUGUUCUCAACUCCAUUUGGCUAUGCAGCAGGAUUUAAUACUGUGAGGGGAAGCCAUGUUUGGAGCGAUCUUUCCAAAAAAUUUAAGGAAUUUAAAAAGGAUCAGAGGUGUGUAAAACUUCUGGACUUAUUGAGGGAAACCAACUGGAAGCUAUCUCAAUCUGAGAACACUAUCGAGGGUGUUGUAUAUAAACCAUUGCUCAGUAUCUGUCAUACACUUACAAGACACAUUGUAUUUGACAGGACAGCUGAUUAAAAAAACAUAGUUUUCA